GUCACCUCAGAGAAACUCCAGAUAACCAGAGAACGCCGCUGAUAGAGAUAGGAGAGAGGGAGAGGCAAAGGAAAGAGGGAGGGGGCCAAAGAAGAGGGAGCCACACACAGGAGGAAAGAAGAGAGGCAACGCACUGCCCGAGCGCUCAGACUCCGAGAGGCAAGGGCAGAAGAGAGAUAGGGAGCUCAGCUCACUGACAAGACGCACAACAAGAGAGGGGAGAAAGACGAGAGCUCCCGGGCUCAGUUACACACUCAAGUAACUUCAAACCAGCUCCGACAAACCAAGAGAAACAAAGAGAGAAGAGAAGAGAAGAAAAGAAGAAAGUCUGGAUUCUGUGACUUUUUUUGUGGCCUGCCUUGCGUGGAUUUCUCUGGACAUUUUAUGAGAAGCAGCAUUAAUCCUUUUUUGACUUCCUGUUUUUAUUUAUUCAUUUUGUACUGAGCAGUUUGGCAUCUUUUAUCAUCUGCCUUCCUGUUAUCCACCUCCCUGGACUGGAGAAGAUAAAUGGUUUGGGACAUGUGUGCGGAGUAGAUUUUUAGCAAUGUAUAUGAAUGACCUGAUAAUGUGUGUUCUUGUCUUUGGAUGUGAGAGUGUAGGUGUACAUUCAAACUUUAAAAAGGGAUUUUGAGUUUGUGUGCGUGUGUGAGCAACUAGAGCAAAGAGCAGCAGUCUUGGGAGGAGGUGGUGAGAGGUCUUUAAGGCGGUGAACCCCCAGUUGUUCCCAUUGCGAGGUGAUCUGAGUUAUGGAUGUUGACGCAUUCCUGCGGCGCUGCUGAGGAAUAAACAGCACAGGGACUACAGCAGAGUCAGCCACAACACUGCAGGCUUCACCAGCAGCAUCGGCAUCAAUAUUACCAAUAACGCUACAUCUGCUACCACAAUCACAUCUACCGCAGUCAGAUUAUCUUCACCCCAGCUAUUCUACAGGUUUUACCACCUACAGUCCCAGUGAGGUUGUGGGUCCCCAGAGAGAGGAGGUGUAGUCGGUCAGUCAGGGGGAGUUUCUCCCACUCUCGUUCCCUCUACCCAGCUCAGCAUGCCCCAGCCCCUGAGCAUCUCCACAGCUCUCCCAGCUCCACUACCAUGUGUAGAUGGACAGUGACACAAGGUGCACCGGUCGCCUGGUUCUCCUCCUGCCCCUGCUGCAGACCUCCUUCACUCAUCCUCUCCCUCUCCUUCCUUCUCCUGCUUCUCCUGCUCGGACCUUCCUCAUCCUCACCCCUGUCCGCUUUAUCAUCAGACUCUGAAAAGAACCACAAUGCACAGGGAGGGACUCCUCCUCACAUCUUCAUUUCACACCCGCCACCUUCCCCAUCACCCGCACCGCUGCACGCAUCCUCUGCAAGGUUACCACGAGCGACCAAUGUCUCAUCGUCCUCUGCGACGGUCAUCGGGCGCCACGUGCGGAGCAGCUACAACCAUCUACAAGGAGAUGUGCGCAGGAGGAAACUGUUCUCCUACCAGAAAUUCUUCCUCCGUAUUGACAGGAAAGGAAAAGUUAAUGGCACCAAAAGUGAGGACGAUCCAUACAGUAUUUUGGAGAUCAAGUCAGUGGAUGUGGGAGUGGUGGCCAUCAGGGGCCUCAGCAGUAACUACUACCUGGCAAUCAGCAAGAAGGGAGAGCUAUACGGAGCGAGGGACUUUGGUCCAGACUGUCGUCUGAUUGAACGCAUCGAGGAGAACAAGUACAACACCUACGCUUCGGCAGAGUGGCGCAACAAGAAGAAGCACAUGUUUGUGGGACUGAACGCCAACGGCAAGCCAAUGAGGGGGAAGAAGACACGGAGGAAAAACACAGCCACUCACUUCCUGCCCAUUGUGGUACAACCACGAUGAUUGGACAUAAAAGCCAUGAGAGAGCUCUGCAGACUGCAGGGUAUCAGACUUUUAUGGAGUUACAGCGAUGGCUACAUUGGACAGAUCUGAAUCAGAUCUGAAUGAUGCACUGAGGAAAAGAAUGGAAACCUAUGGACAUUUUAUCUCUGUCGGAUAAAGACAUUUCUAUUUUUAAAGAAAGAAAUAAGAUAUAUUGCUAUACAAUGUAUAUAUUAUUUUCUGUUUUAAGUUAUCAAGUACAUUGGCACAGUAGAAAAUAUGAAAAGAAAUGACUUCUGUGCCAAAAUGUGAUUAGUAACUCACAUUUCUAGAUUUGUGUACAUGUGAAGCGCUUGACUGGCAAGAUAUAAAAUGACAUAAUACAAAAUAUGUAAGAGAGGAAAAGACAGAGAAAAGAAGACUAAGUAUCGAUAGAUAAGGAGAAGAAAAGACAAAAAAUGAACAGAACAGAAAAUGAAAAGGAUGAGAAAGACUUAGUCAAGAACACAACAGCAAGUCUAACACUAUCAUGUUUUUUUCUUUAUAUUUAUUUAUUUUGUGUAAUAUUUAAAAAAAAGAACAAAAACACAAAAAGGACAAAUUCUUGUCUUUUUUUACCAUUUAUGCUUCUCUUUUUGAAUACUAAUCAUUUAAACCUGAAUAAAUAUAAAAAAUAUAUUUGUCUUUAA